GCCGUAGGGGAGGAGAGAGUCGAGCGGGCGGAGCGCGAGAGGCGUCCAUUGCCGGAGACGGGAUGGGUUUGGGAAGUUAUGGUUAUAAAAAGUAACGGAGCGCGACGCGGGUAGAAACCGUGGAGGCAAGGCCGCGGGCUCUGCAUCCUCCUCGUCUUCGGCUUCGUCUUCCCCCCGUCAACCCAUCCCACGCCGCCGACGUUGCGGCGGGUGAUUGUUCCAUUCGUCGCCUCCUUGCCCCGGCCCGGGCUCCCCUCGCGCCGCUGCGGGGGCUGAGGGGAAGACGAGGGGGGAGGGAAGCAGUCACGCGACCACCACGUGGGGGGGAGGAGGAGGAGGAGGAGGGGGCGAGACCACCCACCGCCACCCUAUGCGCCUUGCCCUCCUGGUAAGAUUGGACCAGCCGUGAUUUGGGGAGCUUAAAGUGUUGAUCAGAGACAUGGAAAAAGUGAUCUUCCGGGCAUAUCUUCUUCAAUGCAAGCCUUUUCUUUCAAAAGGAACUCUUGAUUGGUGUGUUUUAGCUCGUGGGAACACCCACCACUUCCCUCUGCUGAACUACACAUAGUGCGUUUAUGCUCCUCUAUGCUCGAAACAUUUGGCUGAUCCAAUCUUUGCCUGAAGCCAUAUUUCAGUCUGUGCCAAACAUCUACAUCACGCCAUCUCUAAAGAAGUGUCCUUUUGAAGUCAAGUUCCAAGUAGUAGAUGCUGAUCAUAUAAUCUGGGGUUAACAUCUUUGCUCAUUGUGUCUGUCAUCUGUUGCUCCCUAGGUAGUUGCCGCUUGUUGAGCAUUGAGGUCAGGGUUCACCCUUGCUAUAGUACGCAUCUUUAUGCCAUGGUUGCUGCCUGAUCUUCUGAGUCAACCAAGAUCCAAGAAAACGCAAGGUGCUGGGGCUACUGUUCAAUUGACUGAUUGCAUAUCUAUUCUUGUUCAUCAAUAAACAAGAUAUUAGUGAAGUGUCAAACACCUGUCUUUGGAUUUGGUUGUUCAAUAGGAAAAAGGCUAGCAUAAGGCUGACAUUUACCGGCAUAAUGGACAGAUUCAAAAUGAUUAAGGAAGUUGGUGAUGGGACUUUUGGGAGUGUCUGGCGUGCUAUAAAUAAACAAAAUGGUGAAGUUGUCGCAGUUAAGAAAAUGAAGAGGAAAUACUAUUCUUUUGAGGAAUGCAUGAGUCUGCGUGAAGUAAAGUCUCUGCGGCGCAUGAAUCACCCUAACAUCGUGAAGCUCAAGGAGGUUAUAAGGGAAAAUGAUAUAUUAUACUUCAUAAUGGAAUACAUGGAGUGCAAUCUCUACCAACUUAUGAAGGAUAGAGUCAAACCUUUCUCAGAGGCAGAAGUUCGGAAUUGGUGCUUUCAGAUUUUUCAGGCUCUUGCUUACAUGCACCAGAGAGGUUACUUUCAUCGUGACCUGAAACCUGAAAAUUUGUUGGUCAGCAAAGAUGUCAUAAAACUGGCGGACUUUGGUCUUGCGAGGGAAGUUUCAUCUGUGCCACCAUACACAGAAUAUGUGUCAACACGUUGGUACCGAGCACCUGAAGUAUUGCUCCAGUCAUCUGUCUAUGAUUCUGCAGUUGAUAUGUGGGCUAUGGGUGCCAUAAUGGCUGAGUUGUUGACACUUCAUCCUCUUUUUCCUGGCACAAGUGAGGCUGACGAGAUUCUGAGGAUUUGCAAUGUUAUCGGUAGCCCAGAUGAACAAUCGUGGGCUCAAGGAUUGUCUCUUGCUGAAACCAUGAAGUAUCAGUUCCCUCAGGUCAGAGGCAAUCAACUGGCAGAGGUAAUGACAUCAGUCAGUAGUGAGGCAAUUGACCUGAUUUCAUCUCUGUGCUCAUGGGAUCCUUGCAAGAGACCAAAGGCUGCAGAAGUUCUCCAGCAUACCUUCUUUCAGGGUUGUACGUUUGUUCCACCUACUGUCCGGCCAAAAGCUGGGGGGCUCCCUAAAACGCCUCCAUGUGUUGGUGUAAAGGGAGUUUCAGAGCAUGGCAUUGCUCGAAGAUACUCUACAGGAACUCUAUCAACAACCAAAGCUCUUAGCGCUGCAUCUUUGAAAUCAAAUGCCUUGUCCAAGACCGGUGUACAAAGAAAACUUCAAAUGGAUCGUCAAGCGCCACAGAAGAGUAAAAAACCUACUGAGAUUAAUAAUAGACUAACCACUAAUCGAGUACCAGCAAAGAAUAGCCCAGGUCACCCUGUAUUAAGGCAUUCACGAAGUUUACCUGACACUGGUCGAGCAGCGCACAAGGUUUCAACUAUUACGGACAGAUUAUCGAAUCUGUCUGUAACCUCUCGAACGCGUACUACUCCCAAGCCCUCUGCCCCGUUAUUGAAAGCUGGGCUUGGCAAGUCUGACUUCCUUGGAAAAUCAGAUGAAAUCCCACCUGCAAAGAGGUUGACAAGAAAAUUGGUCAGCUAAAGGUGGGAGAUACCCAUACAGUUAACUGAAGAUGCAGAGGUGUUAAAGGCUACAGAGCAAAAUUCCGGUCCGCUGAUAAUGAAAGCACUGCCGGAAUGUUUGCUUGUGAUGGCUGCGGAUUUCUCUCCCAAAUUUGCUGCAUCCAAGUGCCAAAUAAGUUGCAAAAUGGCUUUAAUAGUGUGGUCGAGCGUGCUGAUCCUUAUGGAUCUACUUUUGCCCCAAGUUUGUUCCAUGUUUUGAAUAGAACAUGAGUGUGAUAUAUGGAUUUGAAUUGUUGUCAUCCAGUGUUCACUCGCAUCAUUUGUAUUUCAACCAGUGACCUGUUCAUAUGCAGUCUGACAAAUGAUAGGCCCACGAGCGGGAGGAUGUUUGACUUUUGCUUGUACAGUUUUUGAGCUUUUGGGUGGCAGUCCAGUAGUCUUUUGUCGGUUCCUGGCAAAUGUUGCUCCUCGAUCCUAUAUUAUAUGAGAUUUUGACUAUU